GCCACCAAUUUCAUCUAAAACCCUGUAAACUAAGCUUAAACCCUCCCUUUCUCUCCCAUUCUGUGCUUCUACUUCCACUCUCCAUGGCUAUCCUCAGUACCCUCUUCUCUCGCCGCACCCAUUCCCUCCUCAACCUCAAACUCAAAACCCCUCACAGGCCCACCGCAUCCCAACCCAAAGCCCCAUCAGGCCCAGACCCCCAAACCCGGCCCACCAAGAAGCAGCCCCUCCACGCCCUCUUCACCGAAGCCGUGGGCCUCUCGGAGAAAACCCCCUCCGACGAAGAACCAUCGCCAGAAAGCGCAACAGAACUGAGCAACAACCUGAGGCAGUUAGAGCAAGACAUAAGGACCUUCAAAGAGAAAACUCCCGUGAGAACCUUAUUCGCCGUGUUCACCAAUCACCAACCCAAGCCAAAAGAAAACGUGGCUGUUAAAAAGCUUUCACCCGAUAUGCUUACGUUUGCGCAGUUCUUGCACGAGAAGGGCUAUUUUAACGACGCCAAUUUCGCCAACGGCAUGAAAAGCUUCGACCCUGCUUGGUUCACCAAUUUCUUCGCCCUCGGCUAUAUCAAGUUUGCUGCACACAAAUUCGCAAGAGAUAAUCGAGAAAUCGCCAAAUGGCUAUCGGGAAGUGCCCUGAAGCAAGUGGCUGUAUUUGGUUGCCCCAACACCGUCAGAAGUGUUGUCUUCCCUGCUAAAAGACUGCGAAAGUUUUUUGAAGUUCCAGAAAACACUGUUUGCAGUAGAUGCUCAUUGCAACAAUCAUGCAAGUUUGCUAAUCAAAGUGUAUGGCAUUGUGACACCAAUAAUUUGGAUUUAAUGACAGUAAUGAAGGUUAUUACUUUGUAUGCUUUAGAGUCAGUGCACCCCCAGCUGGUAGUGCCUGAUGAAGUAAAGAAGUCCGUUAGUCAUUUGCUGAAGGAGGUUGUGAAACUGAGUCAAACCAUAUAAGGUUGUUCUGGUUGACACAGAAUAACUUAUAUUCCUUAAAUUUUUUUCUCACGUGUUGGGGAAAUUGAGACACACUCAUCACAUUAGGUGAAAUUAAUCUUUGUUGCUACACUAGCCUAGAAGUUUUCAAAUGAUGCCCAAGUCAAAAGAAGAGAAUUCAUAUGGAGGCACCUAACUACAGUUCAGAACGUUUUCUUUGGAACACAAGUCAUCUUUGUGGGCCGGAUUAUGGUGUGACUUUCAAUAGUAUUGAUUGCAGGUAUUUUUGUUUUGUUUUGUUUUGAUUCUUGUAAAAUUAUAUUUUUAAAAUCAUUUUUGUAAAAUUCAAUUUUUUUUUAUUA